GCCCAGCGCUAGCCACUUUGCACCCGCACGCUCGACGCGCCGUUGCCUGCCUCGCCAUGGGUCGACAGAAGGAGCUGAUGAAUCGUUGCGGAGAGAUGCUCCAUAUCCGCUACCGGCUGCUUCGCCAGGCGUUGGCUGAGUGCCUGGGGACCCUCAUCCUUGUGAUGUUUGGCUGUGGCUCUGUGGCUCAAGUGGUGCUCAGCCGAGGAACCCACGGUGGCUUCCUCACCAUCAACUUGGCUUUUGGCUUCGCCGUCACCCUUGCCAUCUUGGUGGCUGGCCAAGUGUCUGGAGCCCACUUGAACCCCGCUGUAACCUUUGCAAUGUGCUUCCUGGCCCGAGAGCCCUGGAUCAAGCUGCCCAUCUACGCACUGGCACAGACGCUGGGGGCCUUCUUGGGCGCUGGGAUUGUUUUUGGGCUAUACUAUGAUGCAAUCUGGGCCUUUGCCAACAAUGAGCUUAUCGUCUCCGGCCCCAAUGGCACAGCUGGAAUCUUUGCCACCUAUCCCUCUGGACACUUGGACAUGGUCAAUGGCUUCUUUGAUCAGUUCAUAGGCACAGCCGCCCUUAUUGUGUGUGUGCUGGCCAUUGUUGACCCUUAUAACAACCCUGUGCCCCGUGGCCUGGAGGCUUUCACUGUGGGCCUUGUGGUCCUGGUCAUCGGAACCUCCAUGGGCUUCAACUCUGGCUAUGCCGUCAACCCUGCUCGUGACUUUGGACCUCGCCUUUUCACCGCCCUGGCUGGCUGGGGCUCAGAAGUCUUUACGACUGGCCGGCACUGGUGGUGGGUACCCAUCGUCUCUCCACUCUUGGGUUCCAUUGGUGGUGUCUUCGUGUACCAGCUCAUGAUUGGUUGCCACCUGGAGCAGCCCCCACCCUCCACGGAGGCAGAGAAUGUGAAGCUGGCCCAUGUGAAGCACAAGGAGCAGAUCUGAGUGGGCAGCAGCCCCCCCCCCACUGUUCACUCUCUUGAGUGUCCACUGACUGUGUGGGGACCAGUCUCUGAAAGCCCCUUGUGAUGCCUCUGUCAGGCUAAAAAAACACACUCCCUGUAUCCACCCCUGCUGGAUGGCCCCUCCAGAAUUUCUACUUAACUCUGCCCAUUAGGGCAUUUGGUUCCCACCUUUAAACCAAGGUAGGAUAGCAAGUAAGUUUACUUUGUUUCCCAAAAGGAAGAGGAUGGAGAGAGAGAGAGAGAGAGAGAGAGAGAGAGAGAGAGAGAGAGAGAGAGAGAGAGAGAGAGAGAGAGAGAGAGAGAGAGAGAGAACAUGUGUAAGUAUGUUGUUUUCCAGGCUGAAUGCAAGGGCAGGGGACCAAGUUUUCAAAACAAACUGUAGCAGCUCAUGGGAGCCCAGGGGAAGGGAGAAAGUGAAUCAGGAAAGUGCCAGGGUGUGCAUGCUUCAGGGACUCCUGUGUGGAGGUGGACCCAGAAGCGUGUUUCUAAGUAUGUGUGUGUAUACUGUUUUUUCCGAAAUGGACUUCUAGGCUUGGGGAGGGGGAUGGGAUAAGAAGGGUGUGGCUCACAUCUGGAGCUAUGAUCCUCAACUGGGGGCUGUGUAAUAUGUUUCUGUUAGAAGAUAGACAUUGGGAGGGGCUGAAGUCCAGGUCAUAAGUUUCAUAAUUUGUUUUUUAAUAUAUAAAUAUAUACAUACAUAUAUGUUACAGUCUUAGGGAUAGGGGUGGGAAACUCCACUUUUUAAAAGGGUUUCCCUUCCUUUAAUCCUCCAAUCAACAAUGUACUGUUGCCUUUUAUAUAAAAAAAAUAAAAUGUAUACAUGUGACAGGAA